CGAGAACUCUAUUUUAGUUUUAAUGAAUUGAGUAUUUGCACCCAAAAAGAUGAUGUAUAUAUUAGAAUGAAAGAUUUGGCGACUGCCAUAAACUAAAAUACAGUGCUGCGGCUCGAACUAUAUAUUAUAUUAUAUUGAAGUUCAAACCCAAAAAUUUGGUAAAGUUCUAUCUUCCUGGCCUUUUAUCUCGUGAUGUCUGAAUACUCAUAAUCUUCAUCGGAAGAGUCAUAUUCAUAAUUGAAAAGUGAGAGAGUACUUCGAUCAGGUUAAAAUCGAGAAUCCUACCUCCCGAAUCAUUCCAUCAUCGUAGAUCUCCCAUGAGAUCGUCGGCGGGAAAGCAUCUCUCGCAUUCUCUACGGAGAAACCGCGGGAAUCCUGAAGCUGGAUUUUGGAUUCCGGCUUCGAGGUCGUGCGAUUCUCAGAAGAUGUGGAAUUCCACGGCGGUGCCGCCCGAUGAGACAAGUCCUGAUCAAAACUCGAUCGACGCGGGGUCUUCUAUGCGGAAACCCGUCAGCUUGUGGCCUGGAAUGUACCAUUCUCCGGUGACCAAUGCGCUUUGGGAAGCCAGACGCAAUAUGUUCGAAAACCCUACCGGAGACUAUUCUCAGUCGGGAUUGGCGGCUAAGCCUCCGUCGAGAAGCCGGACCUCGAUUCUCUACAAGUUUUCCUCUGACUUCGUGCUUCGUGAGCAGUACAGGAACCCUUGGAACGAGAUUCGUACGGGUAAAUUGGUCGAAGAUCUUGACGCUCUUGCUGGAACUAUCUCCUUUAAGCAUUGCAGCAGCGGUGAUGGCAGUGCGAGAUCAAUGAUAUUGGUGACUGCUUCUGUGGAUAGGAUUAUCAUGAAAAGACCAAUUCGUGUGGAUGCUGACCUCAGUAUAGUAGGCGCUGUUACAUGGGUUGGGAGAUCAUCCAUGGAGAUGCAAUUACAAGUCAUCCAAAGUCAAGAUGCCAGCGACCUCUCUGAGUCGGUUGCUCUUGAAGCAAACUUUACAUUCGUGGCUCGGGAUGCCAAGACAGGCAAGUCAACUCCAAUUAACCCAGUAUCGCCAGAAACCGAACAUGAAAAAUUGCUGUGGAAAGAAGCAGAAGAGAGGAACAAACUAAGAAAACAAAAGAGAGGAGAGAGAAAAGAAGAGCAUGAGAAGUUGAAAGACUUAGAGAGGCUAAACGAGUUAUUAGCAGAAGGACGAGUAUUCCAGGACAUGCCAGCUCUUGCAGAUCGGGACAGCAUCCUGAUUAAGGACACUUCCCAUGAAAACUCAUUGAUCUGUCAGCCGCAGCAACGGAAUAUACAUGGUAGAAUAUUUGGAGGCUUCUUGAUGCGCAAGGCCUUUGAGCUGGCCUUCUCCAAUGCUUACACCUUCGCUGGGGUAUCACCACGUUUUCUUGAAGUUGACCGCGUCGAUUUUAUCAAACCAGUGGAUGUUGGGAACUUCCUUCGGUUCAAAUCACGAGUACUGUACACAGAAGCUAACAGCUCAGCUGAACCGCUGAUCAACAUCGAGGUUGUAGCUCAUGUUACAAGUCCAGAGCUCAGGUCUAGCGAAGUCUCCAACAGGUUCUACUUCACCUUCAGUGUGAGACCUGAAGCCAUGAAAGAUGGAUUAAGGAUAAGGAACGUGGUUCCGGAAACAGAAGAAGAAGCUAGAAGGGUUAUCGAACGCGUGGACGCAGAGAGACCAAUCUCAUUGCCUUGAUCGUUCGCCUCAUUUUGAACCGUUUGAUUUAUGUGUGACUAUAAUAUGAAUCAGAAACCUUGAGUAUUCUUAAUUGUAAAAGGAUUAUUAAUUGAGAAGAUAGAAUAAAAACUCAAAAUAACCUGGCACAAUCUCUUCUUUUUGGCCAUGUUAAUGGAAUCUUUUUUUUUUGGUGCGUAUGUUAAUGUUAAUGGAAUCUUUGAGCAAAAA